GAGGCGGGGUAGGGGGCGUGCCUGCCCCCCAAGACCUCAGGGACUGGAGGAGUGGGCGCUGCCCCCUCUCUGAAGAGCUCAGUUAGUUCCGGAGUUGAGGCGCAGGUGCAGGGAGGGUACCUAUCGAGCCGCCCAGGAUCCGAUUUCCGCCCUCGGAGUGACUUGCGGCUCCAAGCCCAGGUGGGAUUUGGCUUGGUGGCCAUGGGCAAGCAGAACAGCAAGCUGCGGCCCGAGAUGCUGCAGGACCUGCGGGAGAAUACAGAGUUCUCAGAGCUGGAGCUGCAGGAGUGGUACAAGGGCUUCCUCAAGGACUGCCCCACAGGCAUCCUCAACGUGGAUGAGUUCAAGAAGAUCUACGCCAACUUCUUCCCCUACGGUGACGCCUCCAAGUUCGCGGAGCAUGUCUUCCGCACCUUUGACACCAACAGCGAUGGCACCAUCGACUUCCGGGAGUUCAUCAUCGCGCUGAGUGUGACCUCACGGGGCCGCCUGGAGCAGAAGCUCAUGUGGGCCUUCAGCAUGUACGACCUGGACGGCAACGGCUAUAUCAGCCGUGAGGAGAUGCUGGAGAUCGUGCAGGCCAUUUACAAGAUGGUUUCGUCCGUGAUGAAGAUGCCGGAGGACGAGUCGACCCCGGAAAAGAGGACUGAGAAGAUCUUCCGCCAAAUGGACACAAACAACGACGGCAAGCUGUCCUUGGAGGAGUUCAUCCGCGGGGCCAAAAGCGACCCGUCCAUCGUGCGUCUGCUGCAGUGCGACCCCAGCAGCGCCUCCCAGUUCUGA